AUGCUCGCUUGGGACUCAUUAGAUACAAGAAAAGAUGCCAGGAGAUUGUUAAAAAGUUUGCAAGACCCUCAGUUCCUUGUAGCGCUAGUAUUGGCCGAGAAAGUGUCUGCUGUACUUCGCCCAGUGUCCCGUUCUUUGCAACAAAUUGGUAGCGAUCUUGUGAAAGCAAUGUCGACGAUUUCUGCGACACAGUCAAAGCUUUACACGUGGCGUAAAGGUGAAGAAAAUGAGUUUGCUUCGAUGUUUGAAGAGGCAAUGCUUCUUGGCGAAAAUAUUGGAGUGACCAGAGAAGAGAUGGACGCAAUUCCUCGAGCAGUCAGUCAAUCCAGGUUCAGAUCAAAUGCAGGUGAAGCCAAUCAAAAAGCCAUUGAUUAUUAUCGUAUCAAUGUGUUUUUACCUCUUCUUGAUGAAGUGGCUGGAGAUAUGAAAGCAAGAUUUGGUCCCCAUCAGCAGAAGAUUGCGACGCUUACAAGAAUUCUGCCUUGUUUCGUCAAAGAAUCAACUUGGCAAGAUAUUUUGCCUGCAGCACUAAAAUACGGAGUCUUUUUAGACCCCUUGUCCAUUGUUGAAGGAGAGUAUGAAAUUUGGAAGCAGCAAUGGCUGUCACGUGGAACAAGUACAGUAGCAAAUACCGCUAUCGGCGCUUUAGGCGACUGCCAAGGUGAUGUAUUUCCUAAUUUGCAUACAUUACUCAACAUUCUCACUGUGCUACCGGUGACAACAGCAGAACCCGAACGACUAUUUUCUAAACUGAAUAGUACCCUUACAGCAAUUCGGUCAACAAUGUCUGAGGAGAGAUUAGAAUCCCUACUUCUUCUGCAAGUUCACCGUGACAGAACACCAACGAGCGAUAAACUCAUUGACUCAUUCGCAGCAUUAAAAUCAAGACGAAUCCCAUUAAAGCUGUAA